AUGAGAAAACUCAAAACAAAGGAAAAGAACUGUCUGAAAGGCCUCGGCGCUGCAAUUUUGGUUAUAGGGAUUUUAUUCGCAAUUUGGUUUACUCAAUUCAGAACGACAAUUUGCGAUCCAGAUCCAUGUCUGAAUAGGGGCUUGUGUGAUUUGGCGAAUAGAAAUAUGUCCAAAAUUGUGGCCAAAUGUAGCUGUCCUGACGAAUUCACCGAAAAACCGUGCAAAAACAACGGAUUUUGCUCGGUCAACAACAAAACUUACUCCUUCGAGUGCGCCUGUCCAAAUUCCCAUUAUGGCGAAACAUGCGAAACGUCGUUUUGCCAACCAAAUCCUUGCGAAUCAAAAGGAGUUUGCCUUGUGGACGAGGAGAAACCUGGCUUCGUUUGCGAUUGCGUUCCAGGUCGGCAUGGGAAGUUCUGCGAGAUCGACGUUUGUAACCCAAAUCCGUGCCGGAAUAAUGGCGCCUGUAAGAAAACCAAAGAGCACGAACCAAGACCUGAGGACGAGUUCACUUGCGAAUGCAAAACUCGAUUCCACGGGACACUUUGUGAGCAUGAGCGCUGUUCGAUCAAUCCGUGUAAAAACGGUGGAAAAUGCCAUGUUUAUCAAAACAAGGAAGUUUGCGACUGCCCUGACAACACUGUCGGCAAUUUCUGCGAAAAGAAACCUUGUGAUGGGAAGCCUUGCAAACAUGGAGGAAUUUGUGGGACCGAUAAAGACAAGAAAACUUUCAAGUGCAAAUGUCCUGCUGGAUUUCAUGGCAAAUCAUGCGAGAAACAUCGCUCGAUCAAGGUCCUGACAACAACGGGAAUGUACGACUUGAACGCAGUUGGAAAAAUAAAUCAAGAGGGACUUUCCUACCCAGGAAAACAAAUCGAAGAAGCGAUCAAAGAUGCUGGGAUCGCUGUUUUCAAGAAUAAGGCGUACUUUUUUGGCGGUCACGUGGAUUCGAUUGCGAUUUUGAAAUUGGAGGGAAGUCAAAUAAAAGCAAGUGGAAAAAAGCUUAAACAAAGCCACAAGUUCUCGUCUGGAAUCCAAGUUGACUCAGAAGGAGACGAGGGUAAGUUCAAAGUGCGAGAAUAUUCUAGCGUUUGA